CGCUGCAAGGAACAGAUCGAGUGGAAGCGCAAGUACGGCAAGUACAAGCCCCUAACGGAACCGACCAAGUGCCAACGUUGUACCAAACGCGCCGUCCGCCAGUCCCACCACAAGCUCUGUCAGCCUUGCGCCAAGGAACACGGCGUCUGCGCCAAGUGUUGUUGUCGCAACGAGCGGAUCGUCGGGAAAGACCCCGCCGAGGUUGAAGCCGAGCAGAAGGAGCUCCAGGAGGCUAUCAAGAAUGCAAGAGAGAGGGAUAGGAGGACUCUGCUAAGAGCUAUGAAUGCAGGUAAAUCAAUGAAGACUGCGACUGAGAAAGAAGAGAAGGGAGACAAGGCUGGGGAUUCGGCGCUCUCUGCUUCGCUAGAGGAACAUGCAGAGGCAACUAGAGAUGAUGAGGGUGAUUCUGAUGGUGAUGAUGAUGAAGAAGAAGAAGAGGAUGAGGAGGGUGUUCGUAAUUAACAUAGGUGCAGCUCUUUGUACUAUCAGUCACAUUUUGGACAAAAUGAGAAUUAACAAUCUUCAACCACAUGAAGAUCUUGAAGAAUUUAAUAGCUUUUUAGAAAUAGUGAUUUCGUAUGAUGUUUGGACUCAUCAAUUUUGUACAAGUGCUUACGCACUCUGAAAAUGUUGUCAUGUGUUUAUUUAUCGAUUGAGUUCACUAUGAGUUUCUAUUGUGAA